UCAAUUUUUAAUUCAUUCUUUCCGUGUUUAAAUAUAUUAGUUGUAAGAGAACUGAAAGUGCAAAUACUUUUUAUACCUACUGUAUCUAGAGAGCUGUGCAAACAGACUUACUCUUAAUACUAAUGGGCCAUCUGUUAUAUCCAGAUUACAAUUAUUAAGCCUCAGUACUCUAUUUGAAUCCUUGUCAUGCCCAUAUAGUAAAACAACUGUAAACAGCAUGGAGACUUUGAUAUUGCAGAACAGAAGCAUUAUUUUAAACGUGCAAUGGAAUUGUCACGUGGAAAACAAAUAUGAAAUCUCUACUACUAGUUCAAAAUGGGAAGACAUCGAUACCAGCAAAUACCUGUUUCCUUCAGAAAUUUGGGGAAUAAGACCUACGUGGGAAGUAAUCGUAAAAAUUCUCAGUGUUCUACCAAUCGUCGUUAUCGGGUCUCUAGCUAACAGUGGCUUGAUUUAUGUGGUAGUUAAAGAAAAAUCCCUUCAGACUACCACAAACCUCCUGAUCGUGAAUAUGUGCAUCGCGGACUUAGGCACUUGCUUGAUAUGCCCAUGGAUGUUCCUCUGUACAGAUCUAUUUGAGAAUUAUAUUUUGGGAGAUAUUGGUUGUCGACUGGAUGGAUCAUUGCUGCAUGCUCUAACGUUGGUAGCUGUCUUUAAUUUAAGUGCAAUCAGUUACGACCGUGUUUCUGCGAUUGUAUUCAAUUGUGCAGGAAAACUAACGAGAAGGAUGACCUAUAUAUUGCUCUUCACUACUUGGAUUUCUGCUAUAGCUGUUGCAGCUCCUCUGUCCUACUUUAGGCAUUAUUAUGAGAGACAAUGGAAAAAUUAUUUGGAAACUUUCUGUACUGAAGAUGCAGCGUUGGUCUACCCAUAUUGGCAUAUAUUUGCAGGCUUGAGUGUCUGGGCACCAUUGGCCAUCAUGGCCAUAUGUUAUUCAGCUAUUCUAAUUAAAUUAGAUCGCUAUGAAUCACAAGCAUUGAGAAGUAAAUACCCAAUAGUGGUGAAAUAUAAGGGCAGAGUAGCUCAGGUCUUGGCUCUUAUAGUCUUGGUGUUUAUAAUAGGUCGUGUACCCUUUACGGCAUUAAUAAUUACUAGAAGUCAAUUAUUACAAGGAAUUCCAAAACUAGGACAAGCACGGAUCAUGUAUCCACUAUGGUAUAUGAGUAAAUACCUGGUGUUGGUCAAUGCAGCUGUAAAUCCUUUAUUGUACGGUUGGAGCAGCAGUUCAUUGAGGAAGGAAUUAUCGUUAUGUUCUGUUACAUCCUGGCUUAUCCACAAGAAAAAGGAGCAGGAGUCAAAACCAUGUAGUAUUUCACAGUUGAAAUCAGACCAUUGCUUAAGACCACGUUCUCCUUGUAUAAGAAUGAACUAUAAUGAAAGAUAUACAAUACCAAACAUUUUAUCUAGUGCCAACAAAGCACACUUAAACACAAAUCCAAUUUAG